AUUUAAAUGAACGGCUCAGAUCUCGUGAUUGACUUCAUACCGCUAAAUUUGUUUUGUUUACGACGUGGACUGCUUCUCAUUGGGACACCGUGCCGGCAAGUUUCAGUUGCUCUUCUCUCUAGAACAGAUCUUCUCUCCAUUGUUUCGUCAUUAUAAAGAUCAAAUUUCAUCUCAAAGCUUCUUCUUCUCAUCGUCUGUAAAAAAUGCCGAGCAAGUGCGAAAUCCUGUGUGAGAUCUUAAUCGCGAUCCUUCUUCCUCCUCUAGGAGUUUGCCUCAGGCAUGGCUGUUGCACCAUGGAGUUCUUCAUCUGUCUGGUCCUGACAAUCUUAGGGUACGUGCCAGGCAUAAUAUACGCCAUUUACGUGAUUGUGUUUCAGAACCAAGAAGAGUAUUUCGACGAAGCGAGACGUCCUCUCUACUCCGCUUGAUAUAUCUCUGUGUCACAAUCGAAACUUUUCACCUCUUUGUCACCCAAUAAGUUGCUUUGCAAUGUGUGUUUUUUUUUUUUACUUAUUAUGUGUACUGAAGUGAUUUGAAAACAUUUUGUGUGUUGUUGAUACAUUGGUUAUCCUUUUGAUGUAUGUAAUCGCAAAUAUUGAAGGUGAGAUUAUAUACUUCUUCUGUAUUCACCUCUAUACCAUGAGCUUGAUUACAUUUUAGUACAAGAAAUGAUGGACUAGGGUUGCAAUUGUUACGUGUAGUGCAAGUGAAGCAGAUUUGGUGAUGGAGGGCAUGGCUCUGUUCUUUUUUCUUUUAGGUCUGAUCAUGGAAUUACCUCCAUAAACAUCUCUCACCCUGCUCAUCUACGAAACUCCAUGUGCUCCUCUCUUGCUAUCAGUUAGGAUUGGUCUCUCUGCAACAAAAAGAUAUGAGUUCAAAUGUGUGUAUAGCUUUUGAAGUUGUUCAGCAAACUAUAGUUGCCUUUGUGAACCGCGUAGACAGUUUGGUAUGAACAUCAUUGACGUUCUUCUGUAAAAGCAAAGGCAAUGAAGACGAUGCUGAUGAUUAGGAACAAAUCUCGAUGGUAUCUCUUCAUUGCAGACGAGCAUGAAAGAUUUUGCACAAGAAGAUUGAUUUCUUUCGAAAUCUUGUUUUAAGGCAUCAAGUAAACCAACGAGUAUCAGGAAAUAUAGGAUUAUGUCUGCACAAAGAUAGAGAGGGAUAGAGAGAGUGAGAGUGUAUGAGAAAGAGAUG